AUUAUAGGCGUGAAACUCUCGGCUCUAACCACCUCCUCUCUACUUGAAUGAACUACAAGUGCAAACUCAUACUACACUGUUUAGUGCACUCGAGAGAGAGAGAGAGAGAGAGAAACGUUGUACCCGAGGGCAUUCUACGGUUAAUAGUUACUUAGACAGCAGCACUUGUUUCCAGUCACCGAUUUUUACGGACAAUGGAGCCUCAUGUAAACGCGAAGCAGCUUUUAAAUCACGCGACAACCCUGAAGCUUCACACGGGAAAUUUAGUCAACCGCAGUCGGCUUAAGAAGAAAUGUCCGUCUUCACCUAGUGAGGAGCUACAAGACUGCAUCCAAGGCACACUGAGCGAGUGGUUUGCCGCAAUGCCGUCAUCUCUGGACUCUCUUCCCAGCAUUCUUGACUGCACUAUUCCAGAAAACACAGAGGCCAUCACUCCAGAGGAGAGAGAGGAGCUGAAAGUGUCUGUCAAGCUUUUUCUCACUGAGUCAGACCGUUCAUCCAUCAGAAGUGCGGUGGACAUGGCUUGUCUUUCGUUAGGCGUAUCUCAGUUGGACUCUGUGAUCAUUGCUCCACCUCCUCUCCCCGAGGGUGAGGCACAGACGCUGACCCACCUGCAGCCGCUGUGGGAGGAACUGGAAAGUCUUGUGCACAGCCAGAAGAUCGCUGCCAUUGGCACGUCCGACUUGGACAAAACUCUUUUAGAGCAGCUGUAUAACUGGGCUCAGGUAAAGCCAAGUAGUAAUCAGGUGAAUCUGGCCUCGUGCUGUGUGAUGCCUCCAGACCUCACUGCAUUUGCUAAAGAGUUCGACAUACAAUUGCUUACGCACAGCGACCCCAAAGAGCUAAUCAGUGCAGCAGGCUUCCAGGAAGCAGUGCAGGGGAGCAGUAAGGACCUGCAGGCGGCCGAUUGGAGGCUGGAGUGGGUCUUACGAUACUCCAUCAUAGUCAAGAGCAGAGGCAUCAUAAAAGCAAAAGGCUACAUUGUUCAUGCUAAAAAGGGCAACAACCUUUAACAUGAUCCAGUUUGAACAGGGUUUCCUAAAAAUGUAGGGAGCUACUAAAUUUUUACAGGCAUUUUACAGGUGUUUUUGUCAACACUAAAGUGAAUCAGAAUUUUCAAAUUAACAAAAAUUCACUUGACCCACUUUUUCCUCAUGAUUUAGAAUAUUUAGACAGCUACCUGUUCUUGUAGAUAAAUGCAAAGUGCCUCUUUUUUUUCCUGGCCUGGCCUGGUCUGGUUUAAUUCUCUGUAUUAUUCAAAAGGGUAAAAAUUAAAGAUAAAACAAUGGUUGAUAGGACAACAUAUUAAGAUGCUUCAAAUACCAUAAGAUUGUUUUGUUAAACAUUUUCUGUUUUAUUUAAAAAUGUUAACCACUUUUUUAAAAAGAGUGGGCCACAUAGUUGUAUUUUUUACUUUAAAUUUUAAUGUCAAAUUUUAAGU